CGCUCGGGGGCGCGCAGUCGCGGUCGGGCCGAGUGCGCAUGCUCGCAGGUCGGGAGGCGGGGCGAGGGCUCCCGCACGGGGCUGGGACCUGCGGGGAAGAGCUGGAGCCUCAGUGGUAACUGUUCUCUGGACUGAAUCCUGAAUUUGUCUUGUUGGUCAAAGGAUUAAGAUGAGAAGAGUGGUGAAAUGACAUGCUCAAAAUCCCAUGGCUAGGCUAGGAAGUGAAGAGUUGGGAUUCAAACCCAGAUAUUCCAGGCUCCAGAAACUAUGAGUGGAGGAUCUCAAGUUCAUAUUUUUUGGGGUGCUCCAGUCAGUCCACUGGAAAUGACAGUCUCACAGGAACCAACUUCUGUAGCAUCCACUGCUGAGACCUGGAAAGAAAUUCAGGUUUUGUACAAUCAUCAUUCCUUAUACCUGAAGGAUGACAAAUGCAGGCACAAAAAUCUCGAGGAGUGUCAGGCCCUGGAACCUCUGGGCCUUCCAGAUCUUCCUCAUGGUCAUUUUCCAGCAAACUCUAUGAACAGAUCUGUUCACAUGAAAGAUGACACCACACAUCGUAUUUCUGAAACACAAACUGUGAAGUCCCAGAAGGCUUACCCCUUGGGAAUGAGUGAUAGAACCAUCUCCAGUGAGCAAGUACGUGGAUUUAAGGGAGGAGUUCAGCAUUUUACUGAAGAAGAAAAGUAUCAAAAGCUUUCCAGUGAACUUAAGAAAACCAGAAACGAACAGCAUGAUCAAUCAAACAUGUGUGGUCAGAACAUUCCAAAAAAUCCCUUUCAUUUAGAUCAUAAGUGUGCAGCUAUAUUGGAUGUGGUCUGUGGUGCUGAGCAGACCAACACGCCAGAAGCCAUCAAAAUAAACAGUGCACCAGCAGAGCAUCAUGAAAUGCAGAACCAGUGUCUGGAGUUCUUUCCCUCUAACACAGUAGACAAACCAAGGCCUGAAGGAACAGUAGGGAAGGCGUCAGGUCUUAAUAUAUCCACUGAUACUGAAUUUUUUAGUAUAAUGACCUCCAGCCAGGUUGCUUUUUUAGCUCAAAGGAAAUAUAAAGGGCAGAAGUCUAUAAAUAAAGGGACCAUAAACAUGGAGAUUGAAGCAGAGGCAAGUUAUGGGGAAAUCAGAAUAACUGAGGACAAUUUGAUUCAGUCCAAAGAUGAUUCUGCAGAAGGAAAUGAAGAUGGACAGAACCAAGCCUGUUCCCUUGAACUUUUUAGUCCUGUUUGUCCUGAAACAAAAAGUAGCCACACUCUCUUAAACGCUGAUAAGGAUCUUGAAGAAAAUAAAGGAUCUCAAGAACUUUUCAAUUGUGAUGAUAAAUUUCAACCAAAUGAGAUACUCAUUGAGUCAUGUAACUCAGGAAUACUGUGUUCUCAACUAAAUACCUUCCGCAAAAGUUCUGGUAAGAGAAGUUGGACCUCUGAAGAUAAAUCAGGCCAUCCUCAGGCUCUAUCUGAAGCCCCUCAUGUAGCUAAGAAAAUUAAAUUGUUUUCUAAUGAGAGAGAUCAUACUGUAACAGUGGACCGGAGGAACAUGUCUGGAUUUAAGGGCAUUAAAAAAACCUCGUUAAUAAAAAACUGUGAUUCUGAACGUCAGAAAUACAAUUGCUUAGUCAUGGUGUUAUCUCCAUGUCACAUGAAAGAAAUAAAUAUAAAAUCUGGACCAAAUUCAGGCUCUAAAGUGCCUUUAGCAACAAUUGUGGUAACUGACCAAUCAGAAAUUAAGAAGAAGGUGUUUCUGUGGAGGACUGCAGCAUUCUGGGCACUUACUGUGUUUCUUGGAGAUAUAAUUUUACUCACAGAUGUCACUAUCCGUGAGGAUCAUUGGGUUGGUGAGACAGUCCUGCAAUCAACAUUUACCAGUCAGUUAUUAAAUCUUGGGAGUUAUUCAUCUGUCCAGCCCGAAGAAUAUUCCAGUAUGAUUAGUAAUGUUGUACUUCAAGACUUACUGGCAUAUGUAUCUUCAAAACAUUCCUAUCUUAGAGAUCUUCCUCAGAGGCAUCCUCAGAAAAUGAGCAGUAUAGAAUUUAUAGAAUUGGAGCAGCUUCAGCCAGACAUACUAGUCCAUGCAAUUCUAAGAGUUGUUGAUAUCACUGUACUGACAGAGGCGUUAUACAGUUAUAGAGGACAGAAGCAAAGGAAAGUAAUGUUAACAGUGGAACAGACCCAAGGUCAACAUUAUGUGCUUGUAUUAUGGGGUCCUGGAGCAGCCUGGUACCCUCAACUUCAAAGGAAAAAAGGUUAUAUUUGGGAAUUUAAGUAUCUUUUUGUUCAGCGCAAUUGCAUCCUAGAGAACCUAGAAUUGCAUACAACACCAUGGUCAUCCUGUGAGUGCCUGUUUGAUGAUGAUAGAAGGGCAAUUACAUUUAAAGCAAAAUUUCAAAAAAACACACCCUCCUUUGUGAAGAUGUCAGAUUUAGCAACACACCUAGAUGAAAAGCGUUCAGGAGUGAUUCUAAUCAAAGCCCAGAUUUUAGAGCUAGUAUUUCCCAUUACAGCAGUUCAGAAAAUAGCUCUAAAUGCUCGCAGUUCUCUGAAGAGUAUUUUUUCUUCUCUGCCCAAUAUUAUAUACACUGGCUGCGCAAAAUGUGGAUUGGAACUACAAACAGAUGAGAACAAGAUCUACAAACAAUGUUUUAGCUGCUUGCCAUUUACUAUGAAGAAAAUAUACUAUAGGCCAGCUUUAAUGACCAUAGUUGAUGGAAAAUAUAAGGUCUGCAUCCAUGUAGGAUCAAAGCUGAUAGAGAAGAUUCUUCUCAACAUUUCUCCUGACUGGCUCAACAGAGUAAUAGCCCCUCCCUCUGACGUCACCUACGGAAUGGCCGCCGCGGACCUGCUGCAUGCCUUGCUGGCGGGCAGCGGGGCGCCUUGUGUCCUGAAGGUGCAGAGCGUCUUCGUGUUAGAUGAAAACAGUUACCCACUGCAGCAGGACUUCUCCCUCCUGGAUUUUUAUCUCGACGACUUGAAGCGCGCAUCCCAGGCCCUUCUCUGAGACCAGAGGAAGAAAAUGCAGGCACUUCAAAGAAAAGCACUGAGAUGGUUUGUCUUUAGAAAUGAACGACAGGGCUUUUGCUCGGGGUUUUAAAAUAAGUAUAUUUUAUAAAGAGAACUGUGCUAAAUACAUUAAUUAAAUUUUUUUUUCCCUAAGAAAA